UUACAAACACAACUCGCUGUUAUUUGAGUUGGAGGUUGUGUGCCAGUUUGAGAGGAGACGGGCGUUCCUUACAUGAUAAGCCAUUCUCCCCUUUCCUCUCUCUGCUCUGAACUGAAGUAGAUACUCUUCUCAGUUCCUUGAAGGAGGGAGAUGUUGAUGUUUCUCAGUAAGCUUAGGGACUGUUUUUCUAAUGAUGUUGCCGAGAGGGGAUUGUUAAAUUACCUGUAGGAUUAGAUCAAGGUUUUCCCUCAAAAAAUGGGAAAUUAUCCUGGCGAGUCCAUCUGUCAGGAGACUCAUGCAGUUCGUAGUUAGCUGUUAAGAGCAUGACUUUGAUUCUGAGAAGGGCAGCUUCAUUCUGAGACAUGAGAAAAUUAAUAUAGUGCUCCCAAAUCUCUUUGAUUUGGAGAUGGUGUGUAUAUAACUGUUAAUCAGCCUUCCUUUCCCCUUUUGGGCUGUAUUUUUUGGGUAGGUGAACAACAGACAUUUGAAAUCAUCAAUGAGGAUGUUUGUUUAUAACAUUUGGGAAUGAAAAGUAUCUGUUUAGAAUUACCUCUUUAGAAUCUAAGUGCAAUUUUACUCCUCCUAGCUAAAGUGGUCAUGUCUCUUCCCUGGAGGAAAUGCAUAAUGAAGUUUGCUUGUAACUAAUAUUCUUCAACGUUGGAAAGACUGGUCACCCAUUAAAGUCCUUCUCAUUUAAGAAAUGUUCAGCAACCAUUUCUAAUCCUGUUUGCUCACUUUUGCCUUGAAACACAGCUGCUUGGAUUUUUGAGCUACUUGAGUGUGCUAGCUUAACCUGCUCACAGCUGCUUCCUGCCUGGAGUAUCAGUUGAUAGGUGGGACCCCAGCCCAGUGCUUUGAGUAUCUGGUAGGCAGGUGGGUGGGCAGGAGCUGGGCAAGAUGUCUGCAGUGGCUUGAAGACUUUAAUGGAUCUAGCUAGCGGUUACAGGUACUAUAUGGUUUCAUUUUAAAACCAUUAAUGUGGUUCCAGUAGGAUGCUUAGAUUAAAGCGGGGUAAGAGUAAGGUGCCCUGGAGGUUGUCUUUCUUAUUAACUUCCCUUUGAGGCAUCCAGAGGGCAGAUUCAAGUUCUAGGGUUGGGUUCCCUCAGGGCUGUGUAUUGCUUUGAUAUAUUUCAUCCAUUUUGUCAUCACUUUUUCUUUUCCUCUCCUUUUUGUAGAAUGCUCUUGAGAUCAAAGAACUCAAAAAGUACGGCCCCUUUGACCCUUAUAUCAAUGCCAAGAACAAUGACAACGAGACGGCCCUGCAUUGUGCAGCACAGUAUGGCCACACAGAGGUGGUGAAGGUGCUCUUAGAGGAGCUGACGGACCCCACCAUGCGCAACAACAAAUUUGAGACCCCUUUGGACCUGGCAGCACUGUACGGGCGACUGGAGGUGGUGAAAAUGCUUCUUAAUGCACACCCCAACCUCUUGAGCUGCAACACUAAGAAGCACACCCCUCUGCACUUGGCAGCAAGGAAUGGCCACAAAGCCGUGGUCCAGGUCCUCCUCGAUGCUGGCAUGGACAGCAACUACCAGACGGAGAUGGGCAGUGCUUUGCAUGAGGCUGCUUUGUUUGGCAAGACCGAUGUGGUGCAAAUCCUGCUGGCCGCAGGAAUUGACGUCAACAUAAAAGAUAACCGUGGACUGACUGCCCUAGACACUGUUCGGGAACUGCCUUCUCAAAAGAGCCAGCAGAUAGCAGCAUUAAUUGAAGGUCACAUGACUGGAAAAAGAAGUGCAAAAGAAGUAGAUAAGACCCCCCCACCCCAGCCACCUCCCAUCUCCAGUAUGGACUCCAUAUCACAGAAGUCUCAGGGUGACGUGGAGAAAGCAGUGACUGAACUGAUUAUCGAUUUUGACGCAAAUGCUGAAGAAGAGGGUCCCUACGAAGCUCUAUAUAAUGCUGUCUCCUGCCAUUCGUUGGACAGCAUGGCCAGCGGGCGAUCGUCUGACCGAGACUCCACAAACAAGGAGGCUGAGGCAGCAGGAGUGAAACCUGCUGGAGUGAGGCCUAGGGAACGACCACCGCCUCCAGCAAAGCCACCACCGGAUGAAGAGGAAGAAGACCGCAUAGAUAAGAAGUAUUUUCCCUUGACAGCUUCUGAGGUUCUGUCCAUGAGACCUAGAAUUCAUGGGGGCGCAGCCCAGGAAGAAGACGAACACCCUUAUGAACUGUUGUUAACAGCAGAGACAAAGAAAGUGGUGUCGGUGGAUGGAAAAACAAAAGACCACAGGCAGAGCAGCAGCAGCCGGAGCCAGGACUCUGCGGAGGGGCAGGACGGGCAGGUCCCAGAGCAGUUCUCAGGCCUCCUCCACGGCUCCUCCCCGGUGUGCGAGGUGGGGCAGGACCCUUUCCAGCUGCUCUGUACUGCUGGCCAGAGCCAUCCAGACGGGUCCCCCCAGCAGGGCGCCUGCCACAAGGCCAGCAUGCAGCUGGAGGAGACGGGUGUGCAUGCUCCUGGAGCCUCCCAACCCAGUGCCCUGGACCAGAGCAAGAGAGCGGGCUACCUAACAGGCCUGCCCACCACCAACAGCCGCUCACACCCUGAAACUUUGACUCACACAGCAUCUCCGCACCCUGGUGGUGCUGAGGAAGGAGACCGGAGUGGGGCCAGGAGCCGAGCCCCUCCCACCAGCAAACCCAAAGCUGAACUCAAACUCAGCCGCAGCUUGUCCAAGUCUGACUCUGAUCUCCUGACCUGCUCACCCACAGAGGACGCUACCAUGGGGAGUCGGAGCGAGUCCUUAUCCAACUGCAGCAUUGGGAAGAAGAGGCUGGAGAAAUCACCCUCCUUCGCCUCGGAGUGGGAUGAGAUUGAGAAAAUCAUGAGUUCUAUUGGAGAAGGGAUUGACUUUUCUCAGGAACGGCAGAAGAUCUCAGGUUCGCGGACGCUGGAGCAGAGUGUCGGGGAGUGGCUGGAGUCGAUUGGGCUGCAGCAGUAUGAGAGCAAGUUGCUUCUGAAUGGCUUUGACGAUGUCCGCUUCCUGGGGUCUAAUGUGAUGGAAGAGCAGGACCUGCGGGACAUCGGCAUCAGUGACCCACAGCACCGGCGGAAGUUGCUCCAGGCGGCACGCUCCCUGCCCAAGGUGAAGGCUCUGGGUUAUGAUGGGAACAGCCCCCCUUCCGUGCCCUCCUGGCUGGACUCCCUGGGGCUGCAGGACUACGUCCAUUCCUUCCUGUCAAGUGGCUACGGCUCCAUCGACACCGUGAAGAACCUCUGGGAGCUGGAGCUCGUCAACGUCCUGAAGGUCCAGCUGCUGGGCCAUCGCAAGCGCAUCAUCGCCUCCCUCGCAGACAGGCCAUAUGAGGAGCCGCCCCAGAAGCCCCCCAGAUUCUCCCAGCUGAGGUGCCAAGAUUUGCUCUCCCAGACGUCAUCCCCGCUGAGCCAGAAUGAUUCCUGCACUGGGCGGUCGGCUGACCUACUGCUGCCUCCAGGGGACACAGGCAGGAGGCGCCAUGACAGUCUCCAUGACCCCGUGGCACCCUCCCGAGCGGAGCGCUUCAGGAUGCAGGAGGAGCACCGCGAGGCCAAGCUGACCCUGCGGCCCCCCAGCCUGGCAGCCCCCUACGCCCCAGUGCAGAGUUGGCAACACCAGCCAGAGAAACUCAUCUUCGAGUCCUGCGGUUAUGAAGCCAAUUAUCUGGGCUCCAUGCUGAUCAAAGAUCUGCGAGGGACAGAAUCCACACAAGACGCCUGUGCCAAGAUGCGGAAAUCUACCGAGCACAUGAAGAAGAUCCCUACCAUCAUCCUGUCCAUCACAUACAAAGGUGUCAAGUUCAUCGACGCCUCCAACAAGCAGAACGUCAUCGCAGAGCAUGAGAUCCGGAACAUUUCCUGUGCGGCCCAGGACCCAGAGGACCUCUGUACCUUUGCCUACAUCACCAAGGACCUGCAGACCAGCCACCACUAUUGCCAUGUGUUCAGCACCGUGGAUGUGAACCUGACCUACGAGAUCAUCCUGACGCUGGGGCAGGCCUUCGAGGUGGCCUAUCAGUUGGCCCUGCAGGCCCAGAAGUCCAGGGCAGUGGGCGCCUCUGCAGCUGAGAUGAUUGAAACAAAAUCUUCCAAACCGGUGCCUAAGCCUCGGGUCGGCGUGAGGAAAUCCGCACUGGAACCACCCGAUAUGGACCAAGAUGCCCAAUCCCAUGCCAGUGUCUCCUGGGUUGUGGACCCCAAACCAGACUCUAAGCGGAGCCUCAGCACCAAAACAGAGCUGCUGGAGGACAGGGACCUGGACCAAGUGGCCUCCAUUGUCCUCUGGGAGCUUUCUGACAUUCUCCACGGUGGGGGAUCACAGAUAGCGCCGUCCAGCGCGCCCCUGAACACCUCCCUCAGCCUCCUGACUCCUCUGAGAGGACAGGCCGUCCCCUCACAGCAGCUCAGCAGCUGGGAUGGUGGAGCUGUCUCUGAAGAGGCCCCCGUUCUCCAGUGUGGGCAAACCAGUUUGGAUGGCAGGAGACAGGAAGGCAGCCGUGCACACAGCAGAGUCCACUAGGAAAGCCGGUCGGCCAGGGCAGUCAAAACCCAAGUCGACAAACUGGGUGGGUCCUGUGCACCCACCCAUCCUUGUGCCUUCCUGAGCAGAGUCGCGGAGCCAGAGGCGGCGGGGGCUGCGGGCUGUGGGUGCUCAAAGCAGGCGCGGAGGGUGCCCAGGGGAGGCUGUGAGGGAUCUUCUGUCCUGCUGUGUUUCCUUUCCGUUUCCUCCACCGUCCGCAGGCCCCAUUGGUUAACCCUUUCCUCCCCCCAUUGUUUGCUUCUGCCAAGCUGAGCCACUGAGGAACCACACUGUGCUGCGGAAAAUAGACGUGGGGGCAUAGGCUCCCACUGCCAUCACCGCCGCCGCCUCACCUGCAGCUUUGAAGACCCAGGCCUCACCUCCGCCUGCAGGACCUCCUCUUGGCCACUUGGCCUGGGCCUGCCACCACCACGUCUUGCAGAAUGAGCCCUGCCUGGGCUGUGGAGAAGCACUCCAGGCCGCUGGCAGAUGGGACUGGCAUUCCAGAGGGUCAAGAAGUGACUUGUUGAGAACACAUUGUUUUUAACAGAAACAAAAUCUUUUUAUAAAGUGAACUUUUAACACUUGGCUCAAACCUCUAGGUCAUACUGCCAAUCUUUAGACAAAUGGUCAUGGGGCAGGGGACAGGGGAGCUGAGGCUGGUUCAGAGGCCAGCCUGCACAGCCUCUGUCCUCAGGAUGGGACCUGGGUGCAGCUCAGCGGGUCUGAAGAGAAGGUGGUGGCCUGUGGGUGAGGGGAACGGAGCAGGCUCGGGCAGAAUUGCGUACGGUGCGUCUGCUUUUCAAACCUGACCAUAGCAGCUGCUGCUCUUUAUGAACUGCCCGAUUUCCUGUCCCCUUCAGGGGCUGGACACAGGCUUCUUGUAAGAACACAGCCCUAGAGGCACCUGAGCAACUCAAAGGUUUCCGGUCCAUUUCUGGGGUUCCCGAUGGGAAGUUUCAGUGGCCAAAUGAAGAUGUGUGUGCAGUUUCUAGUGCUGGGAAGUCUCAGCCAGCACCAGAGCGCCAGGCCUCUCCCUGGCCUCUUACCUGUCAGUGACCGGAGCACUGCCCUGGGCUGGCGCUGUGCUGCCUGCAUUGUGUCAGAGAACAGGAAAAGCAGCUUUGGGGCGUUAAUGUUUGGAGUAGGUCAGCUCAGGUUGCUACUUGCCAAUUUGUGAUUUGUCUAAUCAGCCUGUGUGAUUGGGGCUCAUUUUAAUUCUCUGAAUUAUUGGUUUGACGGUUACACUCUCGGCAGCUGGGCUCAUCCCCAGCCCCUGGUGUGGAAAAGGCUAAAUAAGGUGACAGUGCAUCAGUGCUCCCCCGCGUGGCCUUUGGGGCAGGCUGGCGUCCUAGUGCACCUCUGCUUCUUAAGCUUUCCUGCUGCUCACUUUGCUUUUAAAAGUAACUUGGGUUGCAGUCUUCCCUCUGGACUAGAGUAGAAAUGCAGGGGAAACUGCUGUGGAUUUGAGAGGCAAAGUUGGCUCAGCUGUGUGCCCAGUUCCUCCUGUGGGCACUUUAGUAGGCUCUGAGCUUUCCUGGCAUAGGUCAAUCUGGUCCCAGGAUGAAUAGUCCAGGCUUCAGCAACACUCCUCUUUCCCCGCAAAGGCUGUGAAUUUAAAUUCUUUGUGGGUGUGUAUGUGCAGGGAGUACUGUUAGGCACAUUCUUAACCCAUGUGGUUGGCCAGAAAUCAGAAGUGGGGCUGUGUCUCUGGCUGGCUGGAGGCCAGGCCUUGUGGGUUUCUAUCUGCUAAGUGCCCAGCAGGUUGGGGCCUGGGACCCAGCUCCCUCUGCGACAGAGGCGGGCCCCCCUCCACUUCUUGGUACUAAACAAAGACCUUGACACCUUGCAGUUUCACUUCAUUUCCUGCUCCUUUCAGGGCCUGUGAGGAUUCCCAUGCGCUAACGCUGUACAGUACUCGGCCCCGACUUUCUUCCCAGAGUUGACCAGGAACCCUAAAGCAUCCAGAGUAGACUGCGCUGCUGCUGUGCACAUGCUGGUGCCCAUCUUCCUCCUGAGGGGCCAGGCCAUGUCUAAGUGGGCCUCUGUUGGGGGGCGGCAGGUCCGAAAGAACCUGCAGACACUACGAUGCACUCCUCACGCUGUCUUUUGUGCUUAGAUCAUCCAUAGGUGUUUCUUCUGCUUGAAGCUGCUAUAUCGUCUUUAUUUAUUCAGGGUAUGUUCAUAUUGGAAGCCUUGGCUAGUCUGCUGUGGCCCUGGGUUCUGUUUAGAGAUUGGUUUAUUUCUGAAUAUUCAAGAAAGGAAAAUGACUGGGCCUUUCUUUUCUUCUCCUCUGGGGCAGGUUGUCUCCCUUUCCUAGAAAGGUUAUUGUAACUUUAAGGACAGGCUUCAGGUGGGAAGGCCCCUACUUUUGCACUUCUCCAAGUGCAGGUCACACCAGGGGCAGACCCUGUUGCUGCGUUUCUGAACUGUGAAGGCGCCUAUUCAGGUGGGAGACUUCAGAUGGGCUCAGUACCUGUUCCAGCCACAGGCUUCUUGUCCGCUUCUUCUUCCCUGUCCACCAGCUGCUCAGCGCAUAAGACCUUCCCGACAGGCUCUGCGUGUGCAGUGCUCCGUGUCCCUCCUGGGCCCUCCAGCUUCAGACACUAAUGGGAGUUCCCGAGACACUCGGGUUGGAGCAGGCAGCAGGCAGACAUUAGAAAGCCAGUCUGAACGGGGGCCGUCUGUGAGAUGCCCAGGCCAGCUCACAAGUAUUGUCGCUCAUGGUGUGGCAAUGGACUGAACUGUAAUAAAAAAAUGUUAUUUAAUCUUUGUCUCUGUAUUUUGAUACUUGAAUGACUUCCCUUUUUGUUUUACUGUACAUAAAAUUGUUAAUCUGUCUGAUUUUGUCUGAAUUAUAAACAUUUUGAGGUACCAAACAUAACCAAUCUGUGCAGCAACAUAGACUGACCUCACUACCCAAGAGACUGUAAAUAUUCCUGGGCUUCCAGCUUUGGUUUUGUUAUUUUCAUAACUGUACAACUUAGAACAGACUGAAUUAAUAAAUGAGAAGCGACAUGAACGCAGCCUUAA